AUGUGUAUCAGCGGUCUGCAGUCCGAUUGGUCGCUACAAACACCCAACGCCAUCGGCAUGUUCCGCCAAGGACUGUACGUCAACACCGAGAGUGCCUUCCACGUCAUCCGAUGGGACACAAAGCCACACACACGCAACAAGUAUUCGUACCAGAACCAGCUGUGCACAUCAGGACCAUCAUCCCAGGUAUCGUCUGUGGAUGGUCUACUUGCGUCGAGUCGUGCCGCUGCCAAUACCUUACCAGCUUGGCGUGAUCCUGGCGAACGUGUGCGUACUGAUAGAGGGCCACGUUCAACGGGGUCUGCACUGCUGCGCCGCGUGAUGGGUAGAGUGUGGAAACGGUUCAAUGCGCUGAACAGGGGCGACGAGUUUGGUCCGCCUGAGGC